AUGACAUCUUUUCUGAUACGAGACGUGCGCGUCUUCACCGGCGAGUUCACGAUCGAAUCCGGAUUCGUCUUGGUUGAGAAUGGCAAGAUCAAAGCAGUCGGACCUAAUUCUGGGACACCACAGCUUGCCAUCACUACGUACUCGAAGCCUGGCCAUACUGUGUUACCAGGUCUGAUUGACUGCCACGUACAUGCCGACAGGGCCGAUCCAGUAGCAUUACCUCAAGCCUUACGUUUUGGUGUGACUACUGUUUGCGAAAUGGGAAACGAGCUGGAAAAUGUUCUCAAGCUCAGACAGCAAGCCUUGGAGCCAGAUACUGCGUCCUACAAGACAGCAGGGCAGGCAGCUACCAUUGAAAACGGAUGGCCCAUCCCCGUCAUCACGGCGUACGAUUCGAGUCCAGAAACACUGGCCGCCAUCGCAACAUGGCCCAAACUGACCGACCACAAAAGCGUGAUUGAGUAUCUCGACUGGGCCGGGAAAGAAAUACAGCCAGACUACAUAAAACUGAUGCACGAGAGCGGCAGGGUAAUGGGCCAACAACUCAGCCAGCCCACAGUCGAACUCCAACGCAUCAUCGUCUCGGAAGCUCGAGCGCGCGGAUACCUGACCGUCGCACACGCGACUUCGUUGCAAGACACCCUCGAAGUGCUUUCAGCGGGCGUCAACGGCCUGACGCACACCUUCUGCGACCAGCCAGCUACGCAGGAAGUCAUCGACGCAUACAAGCAGAACAACGCGUGGGUCAAUCCCACCCUGGCCACAAUGGGCAGCUUGACCACCGAGGGCAAAGACCUGCAGCAUCAGUUCGCACACGAUCCGAGGAUAACGGGCUUAAUUGAUGAUGACAAGAUUGGCAAUAUGUGCAGGUGUAUGGCAUUUGCAGCUGAGCGUGGCAAAGUCGAAUUUGCGUAUGAGAGUGUGAGGGCGUUGAAGGAUGCGGGUAUUGAUAUUCUUUGUGGCAGCGACUCGGCAGGACCAGCCCAAGGUACCGCGUUUGGGCUCUCAAUGCACCAUGAGUUGUAUCUUUUUGUGCAUCAAGUCGGCAUGACACCGAGCGAUGCGCUUCGCUCGGCCACGAGCGUUGUUGCGAAGUGCUUCAAGCUCGACGAUAGAGGGAGACUGGCAGAAGGUCUCAAUGCUGAUAUGUUGCUGGUGGAGGGAAAUCCACUGGAAGAUAUCUCGGCGACCUUGAAUAUUCGCGGUGUCUGGCGAGAAGGGAAGAUGUGUAGUGCGCAUGCGGAGAAGCUGUAG